CGCGGCGGCCAUUUUGUACCUUCGUACGAUCUUUUUACAUGAAUCUCGGGAGCUCGAUCGUUGGCUGUGUCGCCGUCCGUCGCGCGGCGAUCUCGCGCGAGCGAAGUGUCAGGCGACCGUGUGCGUCGUGUACGCGUGUGCACGCGCGUGUGUAUGUGUCGGGUCUCUGUCCAUCUUGUUUCCUAUUUCCCUUCGGACGCCGCGCCCCUGUCACAAUCUCGCUUUUCAGUCCUCUCGACCGCUCCCUUCGCUUCGCGAGGAAGGACCAGGAUCCUAUUGCGUGUCGUCGGGGGUGGGCAGCGAUUCCGAGGUCAUGGCAGAGCUGGCUGCGCUCCUGCGACAUGAGAUCCCCGAGGGGCGGAACAAUCUGGCCGACAGCCACACGAAUCUCGAGCGGGUGGCCGAGUAUUGCGAGGCAAACUACUUCCAGGCGGAGAACAAGAGGAUCGCGCUGGAGGAGACCAAGAACUACACCACGCAGUCCCUGGCCAGCGUUGCAUAUCAGAUAAACACCCUGGCGUACAAUUUCCUUCAGCUGCUGGACCUGCAGACGUCCCAGCUCGCCGAGAUGGAGAGCCAGAUGAAUCACAUCGCCCAGACGGUCAUGAUUCACAAGGAGAAGGUGGCCAGGCGGGAGAUCGGCGUCUUGACGGCCAACAAGAUGACGACCCGCCAGUACAAGAUCAUCGCGCCCGCCAAUCCCGAGAAGCCGAUCAAGUACGUGAGAAAGAGCAUCGAUUACACGAUCCUGGACGAGAUCGGGCACGGCGUACGUAGCUGCGGUACGCCGCGGAGCAAGCAGAGAGGAGGCAGCCAGGGCAGCGUUCAGAGUUUAGGUGCUGCUUCUACAGGUUCAGGUUUGGGCGCGGCUAUGGUAGGACCCGCUCCUACCACCAAGCCGCCCACGCCACCUCAAACAGUGAGAACCGGAACGUUGAGUAAAGGAUCGCGCGAAUAUAGGACUCCGCCAGCGGUAGCCCCACCACAAGUUCCUAGCCAUUAUGCGCCCAAUUAUCCGCUCGGCCACCCCAGGCGAGAUCGCCCGGGGUACAGCACUCUGCCAUUGCAUGCUCACAACACGUCCCACACGAGCCACAAUAGCAAUCAUAACGCGCAUGCCAAUACCAUCAAUCAGCACACUAUGCCGCAAGUGGGGACGGUGCAUCCCCUGCAGAGCCACCCGCAAACGCCACCGCCGGCGCCGCCCAGCGUCACCGCGGGCUACGUGCAGGAGCAGCACAACAGUAUGCCUCCUCCACCGUCACCUCUGGUCGGGCUAGGCGGCGACAUGGCGGAAUUUACCGGGCAUCACACCCUGCCGCACCGAUUGUCGCAUCAAAUCAGCCGUGGUAGCGGCGCGAACAGUCCGCCCUUACCGCCGCCGCCGCCCCCGGAGCAGGACGAACAUCCGCAGUUUGGCAGACCGACCCCGUCUGGCGCUAUAAUGCCGAUCGUGCCGGACGAGGAAGAUUUGCCCGGAUGGGUGCCGAAGAAUUACAUCGAGAAAGUGGUGGCUAUUUAUGAUUAUUACGCGGAUAAAGAGGACGAGCUGAGUUUCCAGGAGAGUUCUGUGAUCUACGUGCUCAAGAAAAACGACGACGGAUGGUGGGAGGGGGUAAUGGACGGUAUAACUGGAUUAUUCCCAGGGAAUUACGUCGAACCAUGCGUAUAACCACAUGCAAUAAUUGGCUAUAUCAAAAUGACUAACGGAAGACUGCAAUUUUUAAGCAUUUAUCGUAUAUAUGUACGUAUCAUUAAUCGCAUUUACAUUAAUCGCCAAUAUCUCGAUUGCGAGCAAAAGUUGUUCUUCGUCUUACUUUUUGUUCGAGCAAGCAUUCGAGUCUAUGAUUCACGAGCGUACACGAAAAUGCCCGUGAAUCGUAAAAAGACAUAAUUUUUGUCUUGUAGGUAUUAUUUUAUAAUUUAUUCAUAAACAUAAAAGGGAGCGAGUCGUACAAGUGCUAUAACAACGGUGUAAGGGUUGACGUCGUGUAGACGUACGUUAAUCAACAAUAGUCUGCAAGGGAUGCAAUAGACGGUGCGGAGAUCGGAAUAUCACAAACUUCCUUCAUAUAUCAUAGACCUUGCACUCUCCGUCUUUGUCCGCGAUAAUGCGGGAUAAAUGUCUUGCCGCGCCUAUAAUCGUGCGAAGUGCCGAGUGAACAACGUUAUGUUAACACGUGAGACGAAAAUACGUGCGGUAUUUGAUUGUUGAGAAAAUUCAAUCGAGCGAGUUUUGAAUCAAACACUGAAAAGCUAAAUUUUUAUAUUAAUGUAAGAAAAUGUAUUUUUCUGCAUCUUUAGUAUUUCCCCGAGUAGAUACUGAAUUAUAUUCUAUUAUUUACGUAUCCACAUAUAUGUACAUAUAUCUAUGUGUAAGAUCGCACGUUGCAAUAGAGAUCUUUUAUCUCUGGGCUCCGUCUGCAUCAUUUGCGCGCUCGCAUCGCGCGAGCAGACGGAAAUAACUUUCAGAUAAUAGUUACAGCGUCUCACGUGGGGGGACACAAAUAAAUUAUUCUGUGUAUUAUCUUCUCCGUAAACUUUAUUAACACAAAAUAAAGUUAAGAUAGGAAAAAA